AUGGCGGCUGAAGGCGACUCCCCCGCGCGACCCCGCGUCUACUUCGACAUCUCCCUCGGCGGCAAGUCCGUUGGUCGUAUUACCAUGGAGCUCUACGCCGACCUCGUCCCCAAGACGGCCGACAACUUCCGCUCACUCUGCACUGGUGAGAAGGGCAUCGGAAAGUCUGGAAAGCCUCUGCACUACAAGGGCUCCGUCUUCCACCGCGUCAUCAAGCAGUUUAUGAUCCAGGGUGGUGAUUUCACUGCUGGCGACGGCACUGGAGGCGAGUCUAUUUACGGCAACAAGUUCGACGACGAGGCUUUCCCCAUCAAGCAUGAGAAGCCUUUCCUCCUGUCCAUGGCCAAUGCUGGUCCCAACACCAACGGCUCCCAAUUCUUCAUCACCACCGUCCCUACCCCUCAUCUCGAUGGCAAGCACGUCGUAUUCGGAGAGGUUCUCAACGGCAAGUCCGUUGUUCGCCAGAUCGAGAACCUCACCACCCAGUCAGGCGACCGCCCUGCCAAGGAGGCUCUCAUUGUCGACUGUGGUGAGCUCACUGGCGAUGCCGCCCUCGCUGCCGAUGUGAAGCAGCCCGACGCUCUCGGCGACCCCUACGAGGACUUCCCCGAGGACUGCACCGACACUCUCGACGCUGUCGCUGUUCUCAAGAUCGCAAAGGCCAGCAAGGACUACGGCAACACUGCUUUCAAGUCAGGUAACUACUCGCUUGGACUCGACAAGUACCAGAAGGGUCUGCGCUAUAUCAACGAGGAGCCCGAGCUUGAGGACCAGCCUCAGUCCAUCAAGGACGAGCUCGAAGCCCUGCGCUUCUCCCUUAACAACAACUCAGCCCUCCUCAACAUCAAGCUUGAGGCCUGGGACGACGCUGCCCGCUCUGCUUCUGCUGCCCUCGAAGUCAGCGGAGUCAAGGACGCCGACCGCGCAAAGGCUUUCUACCGUCGCGGCCUUGCCAACAUCCACCUCAAGGAUGAGGAGGCCGCUGUGCGCGACCUGACCGAGGCCAACAAGCUCGCGCCCAACGAUAGCGCCAUUACCCGCGAGCUCAACGGCGUCAAGACCAAGGCUGCUGCUCGCGCUGCCAAGGAGAAGGCUGCUUACAAGAAAUUCUUCACCUAA